GACGCUGCGCAUGGACCGAGUCAGAGGCGUGGACGCGCUCCGGCAGGCGCGCUCCCCGACCGUCGGUAUAAAACUGAAGCGCCAGGUUCUCUCAAAGCUCUACGCGAGGCAGGCGGUAGGCGCGUACCACUUUCGAGCUCUUCCAAUAAAGUGCCAAAUAGGAGUAAAGAUGUACAGAACUACAAGGUCCCCAAUGAUGCAGCCGCUGGUCAACUCAGGAAUGGGCAUGGCUCCUUUCUUCAAGGUGACUGUGUUCGAGCAGGAGCAUUUCCAGGGCAAGUGCCUGGAGUUCACCUCCGAGUGCUGCAACAUCCAGGACUGCGGACUGGACAACAUCCGCUCCAUCAGGGUGGAGAGUGGAGCCUGGGUGGGUUUUGAGCACCACGACUUCCAGGGCCAGCAGUUCAUCCUGGAGAGAGGAGAGUACCCCCACUGGGACGCUUACAGUGGCUCCAUCUCCUACCAUGUGGAGCGCCUCAUGUCUCUGCGCCCAAUCUACUGCGCUUCCCACCAGAGCAGUCGCAUGGUCAUCUUUGAGAGGGAGAACUUCAUGGGCCGCAGCGUGGAGAUCUGUGAUGAUUACCCCUCUCUGCAGGCCAUGGGCUGGAUGAUGCCUGAAGUUGGCUCCAUGCAUGUGCAGUGCGGCGCCUUUGUGUGCUACCAGUACCCUGGCUACAGGGGCCAGCAGUACAUCAUGGAGUGUGAGAGACACAGUGGAGACUACCAGCACUGGAGGAACUGGGGCUCCCACUGUCAGACCCCUCAGAUCCAGUCCAUCAGGCGUAUCCAGCACUGAGAGGAGGACAGGCUGAGACUGAGACAGCAGCUCCCCUCCACCCCCUCCCUUCAUCCCCAAAACCCCCUUCCCCCUCUUUCUUUCUUUCUCUCUUCAAUCCUUUCCUUCCUCUUGACUUGAGCCGCAACAGCCGCCCCAACACCACUACUGAUUUACAGCCGCUGCCAGAGUGUGAUAAGAGACAAUAUCGCACUGUUAAAGCACAGGGAAACACACGCUCCACCACACACACACAUGCUGACAUAACUGACACUCACACAGUGUCUUUUUAUUUGGUUUAGAGGUCCCUACACACUCACACACAAACACACACCUGCGCUGCACUCCUCACCUGAGCUGGGCGAUGAGCAGAGCGACUCCUCAGCAAGCUGGAACCAAACAGAGGGGGGAGAUGAAGCUCCAACGUGGCGCUGUGAGCGGGAAACCUCCCCAGCAGUCUCCUCAGUGCAGCCGACUGUGCUGUGGUGCAGCUCAGAUGUGUUUUGUUGUUGUGUGUAGGAGGUUGAUCCACAGGUUGAUAACUAAUAAACUCAUUUUCACUUCA